AUGUUGCUGGACGUUCCCCUGCUCCUCCUCCUGUUCCUCCUGUUCCUCCUCCUGCUCCCCCUCCCGCAUCACGUCGUCCAGCACCAGCAUCGGUUCAAGCUGGCCCAGCUUCAAGGGGAAAGGAAGAAUCUGUCAGAAGCAAGCAGUGACGAUCUUGACGGUGACAGUGAUGGUGAUAGCAAUAGCGAAAUGUCACCAUCUGAAGUUGAGCAUUCGAACGGGAGCACGAGAGAGGGACUGACCGCAGGUACGGAUAAGGUUGCGGUUGCUUCCGAUGACGACCAACCGUCGCCGUUUCAGUCUUGCAACAACUUGGAGAGGCUCAUUGCGGACCUCAAGUCGUCGAGCGCUGCCUUUGCUUCAAGUCAGAGCUGCGAGGCGAGAGGAGGCCUGCUGCAGUCGUGGGUUGAGCGGCACAAGCAAAGCCAGCAGGCUCGCCGAAAGAAGAUGAUUGCAUCAAUUCUCAAGGAUGAAGAGGAUUCGGCUGAGAGCGAGCUAACCUGGGAAGCGCGAGCCAAGCAGAAAUCUCAACCAGUGCAACAGCUGCAGGGGGCCAAAAGUAGCACCCUGCCUUCGUGCUCGAGCUUGAAGAAAGGCGAUGAUAGCAGAGACUUCGACUUUGGCGGAAAGAUGGUUCCUGCUUCCGCUAUGGACUACGACUCUCGCGACAUCUUGGAGGAAGACCUGGUUGUGCACGGAAGCUUUCAGAAAAUCGCAAACGACACAGAAGCACAGAUGUUCGUCAGGUUGUCUAGCGGAGAGAUGGGCGAGUCACUUGAUGCACAAGCAUACAAGCGGUUGCUUGACCAUGCUCGUUUCAAACAUGCAGAGACUUCACUUUCAGUGCCUGCAUCCAAUGCACCUCCACGCAAUGUUGUCGAGCCCAGUCGCGUGCAUGGGAGUAGGAAGGGGAUGUGCGUUGGCGACGUGCUGGAAGCGAAGGGCAUUCUCGCGAUCAGCAUGUCGCUUCUAGAUACUGUCUGUUCGAGCGGGCUGAGCAUACGGACAUGGCGGAAGAACAGUCAGAGCUCGACGGGGGGGCUUAUGGUUGGGAAGGCGUGGAAGUGCAGCGAGCGAUGGGGAGGAGGAGGAAGGUGGCAGAAACGGAUGAUGAUAUUCGACCUUGGGACUGGAGAGCUCAUGUUAUCGAAGGACGGAGAGCACAAGAAGAAGGUCCUCGGGAUCUUUUCAGUAGGGAAGAACUUGUCGGAGGACGCCAAGAUCGUAUCGCUCUUUGAUGUUCAAGAUGUGUCGGAGACAUCAGAGGGAGACGAGCCUGUUGUGGGAGCGAGUAUCAAGCUGCAAUACCUGCAAACUGAAGGCAAGAAAGGCGGGCUCAAGCUUUGCUUCUCCAAUGUCUCGGAAAAAGAUUUCUGGUUCAGAGCGUUUGUGGAAUGGAGAGAAGCGUGUGGUAGCAAUGAAGCCUCUUAG